ACCAAAACCAAAAAACCCAGAUCUGAAGGAGGCAUGAUGAAGUGAGAGAGGGACAGGCAAACACACUGGUGUCUAGUGGAGCCUGAAUCUCUUUACCAGAGACUACAGGUAGCGCAACAGGACCCUUCCUAUAAACAUUUAUUUCCAGGUUCCAGCAACCUCCCUGAGGUCCCCCCUCAGAAGUUGAGAAUAGUCCUCCUGUUGUUGGUAGCCAGAUGACAGUACUCAAUCCACUUGGAAUCCCUAAACACUACAUAGUCUAGACUUGUAUAAAUCGUUCCAUCCCAUCCCCCCUCCCUUUUUUGACUCUCCUGUUCGAGUCUGCCAUCUGUUUCCUGCAGAGCCUGACAGGAAAAACCUUAGCCAAGUAUGAACAGAAACGGGCAAUAUGGCUGAAGUAGGUACUGGAGGGGAAGACUAGACACAGAAGGAAGGGACUGGCUCAAGGUCAUCAGAAGUCUAGAUGGGCCGUGGUGGGGACAGUAGGUGCAUGGCUGGAAGUGCUCCGUGAGUGAACUAGUGAAAGAAGGCCUAGAUGUGCAGGGGAUGUCCCCCAGCAGGCCCAACCCUAGUUCGGCCUGUGUUCUCUCCUCGCAGGAUGCGGGAGACCCCGGGACGCGAGGAGUCAGAGCCAGGCGUGGAGGGUCCGUGCGCAGCGUCCUGCCACGCGCAGCGCAUCCUGCAGACGCUCAACGCGGCCACAGCAUGCAUGUGGAUCUACAGAUACUGGGUUUAUCCUCACCCCAGAUUCAUGGACCUAGCCGAAGUGAUUGUGGUCAUUGGCGGGUGCGACCGAAAGGGGCUCCUGAAGCUGCCUUUCGCGGAUGCUUACCACCCAGAGAGUCAGCGCUGGACCCCACUGCCUAGCCUGCCUGGUUACACACGCUCUGAAUUUGCCUCCUGUGCACUUCGAAAUGACAUUUACGUUUCCGGAGGACACAUCAACAGCCGUGAUGUCUGGAUGUUUAACUCCCAUCUGCAUACCUGGAUCAAGGUUGCCUCAAUGCACAAGGGCAGGUGGAGGCACAAGAUGGUGGCCCUGCAGGGACAGCUUUUUGCAGUGGGUGGCUUCGAUGGCCUGCAGCGCCUGCGCAGCAUGGAGCGCUACGACCCGUUCUCCAACACCUGGGCGGCCACAGCGCCCCUGCCGGAAGCUGUGAGCUCUGCGGCGGUGGCGCCCUGCGCUGGUCAGCUCUACGUCAUUGGGGGUGCGGGACAGGACGGUGUCAACACUGACAAGGUGCAGUGCUUUGACCCCAAGGAGGACCAGUGGAGUCUGAGGUCACCAGCCCCUUUCUUGCAGCGGUGUCUUGAGGCUGUCUCCCUGGAAGAUACCAUUUAUGUAGUGGGAGGCCUCAUGAGUAAAAUUUUCACCUAUGACCCUGGCACCGAUGUCUGGGGAGAGGCAGCUGACCUGCCCAGCCCUGUGGAGAGCUGUGGCGUGACGGUGUGUGAUGGAAAGGUCCACAUCCUUGGUGGGCGGGACGAACAUGGGGAAAGCACCAAUAGUGUCUUCACCUUUGAUCCUAGCAGUGGACAGGUAGAGGCCCAGCCAGCGCUGCAGCGCUGCACCAGCUCUCAUGGCUGUGUCACCAUCAUCCAGAGCCUGAGCAGAUGACUGGGACAGCCUGAACUGGGAGGCAGGGGAAAUUUGGGCAUGACACUUGGCCCCCUCCUGGAACCUCCAUGUGAAUAGUCCUUUAACUUAUUGCCCCCUUUCUUAUAGAAAUAAAACCUUUUUCAAAAGUU